AUGCGUGGUGUGCUUGAAAGCGGUUCGCUCAUAUUGAUUCGGUCACGUCACACUGCAGAAGAUUUCAUGAGGAUCAAGGGGUUCCCACAACAGGAAAACGCUGGAGGCUCUAAGAGGAUGCUCCCGAGGAAAUACCCCUUGCUGCCUUUGUAUGCCCGACGUGUGGGCACCAGUGGCCACAGCACAGAUGGGCUCACAAAGCACCGCGUCGUUAGCCACGGAUGCAGGCCGGGCGCAGUGAAACCAAGCCAACGUGGACAGUGUGAGGAGAAGAGCAUGCACUUAUUGAGCUGCCCCGCCCUAAAGAGUUUCUGUUGCCGCUUUGCUCUUGGUGAGGUCAAGGUGGAGAAGCCAUGCUUCACGAAAAAGCUUUCUCAGUACCUUCUUGUGGUGGAAAGGCUUUGUUCUCGACAACCUUCGCCGACGGAUGCGACGCCUAUCAUGCGGGAUCGGGAGUAG